GUAUUGUUUGGUUCCCCCCAACUUUUAUCCUCUUUACAUCACAACCCCAACCCCAAAGUUUUAUAUAAACACAACCCUCCUACUAAUCUCUCAAAAGACAACAAAAAGACAUAAACAAAUGAUGAAACUGAAAUCAAAGAGACUAUACCGAAGCUUUUCAAGGUUGCGCAGCGGCAGUAGCGGUGGUGUGAGUGGUGGCAGCGGUGGUGGCAACUGUGAUGGUGAGAAGAGGGGCAACACAACGGUGAUGGGAUCAAUGGGUGAAGUCAAAUGGGAACUGCGACCUGGUGGGAUGCUUGUGCAAGUUAGGAGAGAUGUUGCAGGUGGAGAAAGUGUUACAGAAGGGAUUAUUAUUGUCCGAGUGACUACUGUUUCACAGUGGCAUGAUAUUUCUAUUCGAGCGACUUCAACUUUUGGAGAGUUGAAGGUCAUAUUAUCUUCAAUGACAAGCUUGGAGGCGAGAGAGCAAAGGCUAUUGUUUAAAGGGAAAGAACGCGAAGAUGGAGAACACCUUCACAUGGUUGGGGUUCGAGACAAUGACAAGGUAUUAUUGUUACAAGAUCCAGCCAUCAAGGAAAGGAAGCGUCUUGGAUUAAACAAACCACCUCUAUAUCGCACAAUCACUGUAUAAACAUUUACAUAAAAGCUAAUAUUUCUCUAAAUACUAGUUUAUGUAGUGAUAUUGUUUAGAUUUUACUAACCACACCCUCUUAUUUUCGAAGGGUGAUGUUACUCGUAUUUUGUUUUUUUUGUUUCUUUUGCUUAUAAUAGUUAGGAGCUAGAUUGUUGUAUUAGCUACCUUCUUAUUUUAAGGGUGAUGCCAGUCACUUAAUUUUAUGUAUUUGUCUGAUAAAUGAAUAUGUGUUCGUUUUA